AUGGCAUCUUGUGGCGGCGCGGGCCAUGACGGCGGGCGCUCACGGCCGACGGUGGUCUACGACGACCUGGUGGAGGUGCGCGAGCACGCGGCGACGCUGCAGACCAUCCUGCAGGGGUCGCCGAGCGUGUCGGCCGUGGACGCGAGAGAGCUCGUGAAGGGGAUGAUGGCCAAGCUGUCCAGCGCUAUGUCGGUGCUGGGCGCCACCAGCGGCAGCGGUGUGGAGUCGUCUUUGGGGACAGGCCGAGGACCAGGUCCAGGUGGGAGGAGGAAGAAACCCGGCACGGCGUUGUCCGGGCCGCACCGCCGGAGCAGCUCCAGGAGAAGGUCGAAGAGCCCUUUCAUCAACAUGGUCACUGCUAGGACGCUCAACGAUGGCAAGACAUGGAGGAAGUACGGCCAAAAAUAUAUUCAUGCCUCUACUAGCCCGAGGAGCUACUACAGGUGCUCUCAUAAGCCAGACCAAGGCUGCCAGGCCACGAGGCAGGUCCAGGAAUCCGACUCCAACCCGUCGGAGUACAUCAUCAGCUACUACGGCCAGCACACCUGCAAAGACCCCUCCACGUUCCGGUCACUCCUCAUCCAAGGCGCCGCCGACGCUGCCCCGCCAGCAGACUGCUCAAACCUCAUCAGCUUCCAGUCGAUCAAUGGCGCGGCUGCGAGCACGAGCACGAGCGCUUUUGCUCAUCAUGUCGUGAAAGAAGCGGUUGAUCUUCAUCCGGUACCUUACUCCCGCUUCUUCAACUACAGCUCCUGGCCGCCGGUGCAGGAGGGUAUGUCCAGCGGCUCGCUGUCGCCGGCUGGCCACGGGAAGUUCAUGCAGUACGCCGGUGGGCAGCUCGUCGACGUUAUUGGCCGAAGGACGUUGCCGUUGACCGUGGGAUCAGCGCCGGCGGAGUACUGGCCGGUCGUGGGAGCCGCCAGCGUCGACACGGACGCUGGCGCAGGCAUGGACAGCUUCCCUUCCUCGCCGAGCAGCCUCGGGCUCAUGUCGGGAUCGUUAGGGGGGUCAUUUGGCAAUAACAUUUACGACGACGACCUGUUCGACUUGAUUCCUGACCAAGGUCGUGUACCCAUGCAUAUGCAUGCAUGCAACACACGGCCCACUUUGCAUGCAUGGGGUAGUAGUAAUAUUUUUUUAUGA